AUGGCCGAGUCCGUGAGCGCCAACAGCCAGACUGAGACCUCUCCUUUGACAGGACCGAGUAGCUUUGGCAGUGCUAUUGACGCCCAAGGACUCCAGACUGUGCAUGAGCUUCCUCGAAACCAGGACAAUGGCUCGCUCGACAAUCGAUUGCUCUCGAAAAGACAGCCUCCUGGCGACCUUCGUGAUGCCAGUCCUGAUAGCUUCCUCGGACGAACCUACUCUGAAAAGCAAUUGGAAGCAUCCCCUCGACGCCUUCGCCAUACUGCUCCGGCACAUGCAGCCCCGGAAGCAUGGCAACGGGCAAAGGAUCCGUCGAUUCCACUGCGCAACGGCAAUUAUCGCGACACGAAAAGGGAGAGCACUCUGAUGCAGACGCCACCAAAGAAAGAAAGGAAAGCCGGGUUCCGGAACACCCUGCGUCGGAUGUUUACAAGGCGUUCUACAAGGGAUAGGAUUAGCAUGCCCAACCCUACAGUGUACCCUCGACAUGAUCCGGAAGAGUUUAUAACCUCUGCAACCGACGUCCAGGCAAAGCGCUCUGCCUCUGUACCGAUCAACGGCGUCCUGCGUACCAGUGGCCUGGGGUCACACCCGCCAUUCCAAACCAUCUCCAGCCCAGUUGGCGCUACAAGUAAUGACGUUCCAAGCAAUGAUAUCAUAAGCAACGACGAUACAUGCGACGAGGCUACGAGAAACCCGAUUCCUCCGCAACCAGAGCGUCUACCGCCAGAGCGGCCAGCUCGACCCCGACGUGCUAGUGUCCCAAGCGUGAUCCUAAAUAGGCCAGAGGUCCAGGAAGUAGAAGCUGCAAUCAGAGGUCUGGGCCUCCAAACCAACGAAGAACAGCCUGUUGAUGCGCACAACAUCGGCUUUGCAGUCACAAAUGGUAGUAACCCAAAGCGAAGAUCACGGUCCGUGGGUGCGUUUCGCGACACGGAGCAUCGCAUGUCUCCCAUACAGUGGAGGCGGUGGCGUAGGAGAAGUGAUGAGAUUAAGUACUGGAGGCAAAGUACCGAUAUGGGCUCUCUAGGCAUCCGGAGCUUUGAGUCACCAGAGCUGGGACGGAGACACGACGUUGAUGCCGCAGACAACGACGAUGGCAAUCUCGGCCAGCACAGCGAAGAAUUCAAUUUCGGUUUGCCAGCCGACGCCAUGCAAAUUCAAGAGCGAAUAGGUCUAGAAGAGAGAAUCGUCACGUUAGAGAUCAAGCUCAUGGACUUUGAAUACGCCAUCUCAAAGCUGCAAGCAGGCUCCACGUCGCCCUCGAGACGUCACUCUGAACGCAUUGAGAUGGCCGGACGCCAGAACUCAGUUGACAGCUAUCUCUCGUCCGAUUACCGACAAGCCCCCAUUGAAGCGUCGCCAGCUUUGCCACAAGCGACACCACCUGCGAGUCCUUCGAAACUUGGUUACGAAACCACCCCACAACAGCGCCCAACAAGCGUUGCGACGACCCUAAAAGCCGGAGCCUCGGGCCCAUACACGUCAGCACAUAAAGGCUCAAUAGACCGUAGCACUCGCACUAGCCUGACAGGUCUCACAAUCGAACACUAUACUACCCUGAUAACUCUGAUCCGGCACGAACAGUCGUCUCGUGUCCGGCUAGAGCAACAGGUCUCGAUGCUGCAACAGCAACUUGACCGCAUCGCUCCUUCCCACUCUUCGCAUUCUCACGCACACUCGAUGUCGCAGCAUUCGCAUUCUCGUUCACUCUCCUCCCAACAACGGAGACAAGGCUUUGUGGACGUAGGGAACAGAGGCGGUCACUACAGGCAGCCGCGCCCGAGGUCGAGUAGUUAUAGUACUAAUGAGACAGACACGGAUGAUGACAUAUACCAUGAUGUUUACGUUACACCGGAUAUCACUCCGGUGGAGAGAGGAGAAUAUGAACGAGGGGCAUUUGAGCGGGUAGCCGGCGUUGAAGAAGGCAUGGCUUUUUAA